UUUAUUUAUCCGAAGCCCGAACUUACCAUCGUAGAUGAACGAGUAGUUACAGAAUGGGUAUAGGUUUGUUAAAAAUGUUAGUGAUUUCUUUAUAGAUUUUAAUAGUAACUUAGGAUAAAUAGUAAGUGUUAAAUAUAAUUAAAUGUCCAGGUAACAUAAGAUUUAAGUGGGGACCCACUUAUUUGUGCAUUUACAGUUAUUCGUGUAACACGUAUUUUGUGCAUAGAGUUCAAGCAUUGAAUUAGGCCACAUAGCGAUCUCUCCCUAAAAUACCGCUGUUCUGGCUGUCGACGUAUCAAGGCAGGCUAUCAAUAUAGCGAGGUAGGAGAGUGAUGAUCUGAAAGGCCGCGACCUAAUGUGAUGUCAUCAAAAGGGGAAACAGAGGCCGAUUCUGGCACCGUGUCGCCAAAUCUACCUGCCGUCAAAAAUGAACCGGCACCAACAGCGAGCAAGGAAACACCUAAAAGGGGCAGUGGUACUCUAUUGAAGUGUACUACAUGUAACAGUUUUAGUACGCUAAGCAGUCGAGCAUUAACCACACACAUGGCACAGUGUUCGCCUGACAAUAACAAUGUGGCGGCCGCUCAGAACACAGACGCUAGGCCACACAGAAAGCUUUUCGAGUGCGAUGUGUGUAACAUGAAGUUUUCCAAUGGCGCCAACAUGCGACGCCACAAAAUGCGCCACACCGGCGUCAAGCCUUACGAGUGUCGUGUGUGUCAGAAGAGGUUCUUCAGGAAGGACCAUUUAGCGGAGCACUUCACGACCCACACAAAGAGCUUGCCGUACCAUUGCCCCAUAUGUAAUCGUGGCUUCCAGCGACAGAUAGCCAUGCGUGCUCACUUCCAGAACGAGCACGUUGGCCAGCAUGAUCUCGUCAAAACUUGCCCGCUCUGCAGUUACCGAGCGCCGACAAUGAAGAGUCUCCGGGUCCAUUUUUUCAAUAGUCAUAACGUUUCCGACAGACACGGUAUUGAUCUGGACAACCCAGGGCCCGGUAACAACUCUGUUUCCCUUCUCGCGGCCGGCAUAGCCAACGCCGCUUAUGCUGAAGGCACAAUGGACCCCAGCGCCAUAUCAGCAUUAGGGGCAUUGGGCUCAGGCCUCUCAGUGUCUGUAGCGGCUGCUUACUCAGAUAGUGGUGACAGCAAUGGAGAACGUUCAGUGGACAACGCAACCCCACCUAUGCACUAUUUGACCCCACAUGUAGAAAUAUCUAUGGCCGAUAACAACGAAACAUUCUCACCUGGCCAGAAUAACCAUCAAGAGUCCCGUAUGAAUGGUUCAGGGUCACCUCAUUCAGAGAGCGCUGCAAGUAGUUCCCUGGCGUUGCCUGCUAUAACACCAUCAAUCACGCUCAUACCCAUUAAACAGGAACCUAAUGCUCAGGAGGAAGGUUCAGGAGAUGCUGGUGAAGGGGAAGACAAACGUGACGUCUCAUCAUCGCUGUCUUCACUCAUACAAGUGUCGCCAUUGAAGAGUUUGUUGCGAGAGGACCUGCGCAGACGCAUCUCAGCUAGGGGCCGGUCUAGGGCUAAUAAUGCGUCCCGAGCCUCCCCUUCGGAGGGGGGAGUGACUACUUCGACCCAAGGCGACGCAGCCCUACUGCCUUCGUCGCUUGUUUGCUCGUUCUGCUGCAUCACGUUCCCCGACUCCACACUAUACUUCCUGCACAAGGGCUGCCACUGCGACGCCAACCCCUGGAAAUGCAACAUCUGCGGCGAGCAGUGCUGCAACGUUUACGAGUUCAAUUCCCAUCUGCUGUCGAAGAGCCACCAAUGACUGCUUGUGGGGGGACAAUGGCUAUAGAACUUCUUAGGUGUACGCUACGUCCCCCCCCUCCCACCCCCGAGUGAAUUGGAUUCUAUAGUGGAUAAAAUUGGAUCCGUGGUAUAUAAUAUAUAUGACAUUCCAAAUUGUAAUUGAUGCAUUCCAUUUUGAGAUUUGUUAAGAGUAAGGCGGGGAAUGAAGUGAUACUUUGUUGUUGACUUGAUUAUUAUUUUUUAUUUAUUAUUUAAUUUGUUCGUACUUAAUGGUACAGGAGUUUGUUGACGGUAUAUACUUGUAGAGUAUAUAUAUUAUUAUUUUUUUUUGGUGCGAUAGUGAAAUUUACAAAUGUUUAUUAAAGCAUAUGAAGAGGAUUGUACAAAUUAAUAUAUUUUUACAUUUCGCUGUUGACGUGUUUACGGAGAAGGCAAAGCCUAGUAUAUCAGAAUGUUUAAUAGCUAUUGUGAUCGAAAACAGCCCGGAAUUAUGAAUUCAACAUUCCGUUAUUAAUUUAUAUUUUUGUAUUAAAGCAUGUGAUGCAAGUCCACGACUAAUACUUAAUGUACAAUUUUUAUUUUAUUAUUAUUAUUAUUUGUUAUUAUUUAUUAUCUAAAUUCCAACGGUGUCGUUACAUCGUGACGUACUUAAAGUCUAACUUUAGUGGAUAGGUUAAAAGUAAACGAAAUGUAACAUUAUAAACAACGCACUUGCUCAAUAACUAAACAAUGGCUCAACAAGUAAGAUCGGUGUGUUACUGCGUCAUAGCUCGCACAAAACUAAGAACGAUGUAUUCCAUUCUCGUGCUUACAUAAUGGUGCCAGAUCUACUUAACGCUACUUAACCCAAUUGGUCAUACGCUAUGUUAAAACGAAUCUUAGAUUUUAAUCUAUAUUUUUUGUUGUAUUUACUAUAAUUAUUAAGGUGGAUGUGCUCAAUGUGCUGCUAUGAAAAUUUAUAACGAUGGUGGCAUAGAAAGAUACAGUACUUAAUUGACUUUGUCCGUUUUUCAUGUAUAUAUCUGAACCUGAUGUGGACAUUCCUGUAGCUAAUAAGUACUUAAUAUGGGUUGUGGUCUUGCCUGUUAAGUUUAUGAUAUUGAUGGUACUGAAAAGAUGUUUACCAACGAAGAUAUAUAUUAUAUAUAUAUUGUUAUUGACCUCGGUGGAUGUCCGUCUGUGGAUCGACCUAGUGAGUUACCUGAAUGAGCAACACAUAUUUAUUUAGAGAUAUUCUUAUUUUCAUUGUUGUUUUUUUUUUUCGUAUUUACUGGAUUUUUUCGGUCCCGGCCGAUUCGCCGCAAUUUAGUCUAAGUGUACAUUAAGAGCUAUUAAUAUUAUUAAUUGGUAACCCCAUUGGGCGACUUUAAUUAAUCCGUCCAUGUUUAACGAUAGAUAUUGCCUUUAAUAUUUAAUAGAGAUAAUAUAUUUAUAGAUUAAUAUAAAAUUAAGAGGAGAUCUUAAUUAUAUUAAAUUUACAAAAAUGCAGAGUUUUUCUUAUGUAGUUUAAUUCAUUAACAACAGUUAACAAUGUUCUGUUGGGAAUUUUUUUGAGCAGACUCAAGAGUAAAUGUAAAGAAAUUAUGAAUUUCUUAUCAAUAUCUGUCUGCAUGACUCCUAAGAACAUUGUUGAUUUUUGUGCAUUUUAUAAAACAGCAACAGUUACUGUUGUAAAAAGUUUUAUUGUUUAAAAGCAAUUAUUAAAUAAUGUCAAUUGUGUAGGUAAUUGUUAGUCGUAUUUUCAAUUAUGAUUAUACUGUUAGUAACAAGAUUAGUAAAUUGCUUUGUUUUGUGGCGAUAUAAUUGAAUUGUUGGUAGUACUAAAGGGUAAAUUUUAAAUCGUGUGUUUAUAAUUAUUUUUUAAGUAUACAUUUUUGUAAUGUACUCGGGUACAAUGUAAAAUGGAUGUGUUAUAUUCAGUUUUGCCAACAAUGUAGUAUGAUGGUUUUAAAUUCCGAUAUCAUCUAGUAUAUAAUUCCUCACCUUAAUACCAAAACACAGCUUACCAACAUUUUAAUUUGUUUUAAGUUGUUAUGUGUGUAAUAUUUAGUGUAAGUGAAUUGUUUUAAAAGCAUUGUAAUGUAACAAUUUGAAGAUUUAGAUCAUCGUUGAUAUUUGCUGUUACAUUUAUUGUGUUAUCAUUUUAAAUAUAAUGAAAAAAUAUUUUAUUAUUAUAUAAUACAAAACUAUUUAUAAUCUACCAGUUUAAAUGAUGAGUGAUAGAAUAAAAAAAAUAUCAAAUUUUUAGCAGAUUGUGCCUUAGAUCAGUAAUAAUAUGGAAAUAUAGUGUUUUUCGAAAUUUAUUCAAAUAUAUAGAUGUGUGGAUUUUUAACUGUUUGUCACAUUGAGAAAUUAUAUAUUUACACAAAAGUAUUAUAAAUAAAUUAAAUAAAAUGUUAUUUAUUUAUGUAUAGUGUAAUUUUGCAAUAUGGCUGUUUUGCUUGUUUUAUGAUGGAAAAGUUUAUUUGCAGUUGAUAUAAUAUAUUGUCUUGUUGCGAUGGUCUAGAAAUAUAAAGAAAUGGUACUUAUUAUAAAGUAUAUGUAGUUCUAUUUAUUUACUUAUAAUAAUUUGGUAAAGGGUCUAAUGAAACACUAAUAAACUAUGCGAUAAAAUA